AUGGGCGGAGGACCAGAGGCACCAUCCAAACAAAUGUCGGGCAAGAAAGAGCUGGUGCUCUGCGCACUGCCAUUUCCGCUCGAAGCCGCAAAGAAAGCUAUUGCGCUACUUGAAGAGGAGUUCAACGACGUCGAUAUCGAGUACUACUACACCCCGCAACAGAAGCCGACCACUAUUCCAGAUGCAGACGCGAAAGCUCUCCCUAAUGUGAACCUCAUUCAGUUCUUCUCUGCAGGAACCAACCACAUUGCGCAGCACCCCAUCUACACCGACUCCAAGAUCCCGCUAUGCUCAGCCAAUGGCGUUCACGGUCCCCAGAUCGCUGAAUGGGUCAUCAUGAUGGAUCUAGUACACAGCCAUAAGUUUCCAAAGCUCUAUGACCUACAGAAGGAGAAGACUUGGAAGCAGGCGGUUGGAAUGGGUAUUAGCGAUCGUGUGGGCAAGAGAGUGGGCAUCCUCGGAUACGGAAGUAUUGGACGACAAGUCGCUCGUGUGGCGAAAGCUAUGGGCAUGGACGUGAUCGCGUACACAGCGUCGCCCCGCAAGACGCCCGAAUCCAAGAAGGAUGGUGGUUACAUUGUCCCAGGGACCGGUGAUCCAGAUGGUUCUUUCCCGAGCGCGUGGUACAGUGGCACCAACAAGGAAGACGUGCAUGAGUUCCUGAAGCAGGAGAUUGAUCUGCUGGUCAUUGCUGCCUCCCUUCCUGCUGGAAAGUGGUUCAUCACUAACCACAAGAACAGUAAAGCGACUACUCAUUUCCUCUCCACCGAGGAAUUCGAGCUCCUGCACAAAUCCAAUUCGAGAGGCACUUAUGUUGCCAAUAUCGCGCGCGGUCAGGUUAUUGAUCAGCCUGCGCUUGUGAAAGCGCUGGAAGAUGGCUUGAUCAGCGGUGCGGCAGUUGAUGUGACUGAUCCUGAGCCCCUGCCUGUUGAUGAUCCGCUGUGGACUGCUCCAAAUGUCUUGAUCACGCCGCAUGUUAGUGGGUCGACGGAUGUGUAUGCCGACCGAGCAUUCGAGGUGUUGAGAGAGAACAUAAGGAGGGAGAGGAGUGGGAAGAAGUUGGUGAAUGAGGUUGACAGGGAGAGAGGUUACUAA